CCCAUCUACCCGUCCACAGAUCAACACAUCCAUGUCGUUCGUGUAUUUCAUCCAUCCAUCUUCGGAGGUGAGCACUUGUGAAGAAGGCGGAGACGAAGCCGGAGAAGCUCUUUCUCACCUCCUCUUCGGCCGCCAUCUCCAGCGUCGUGAGCAAUCUGCUGCAAUGGCUUCGGAAAAGAAGAUGCAGAACUCCAUGCGGGAGAUUAAAGUGCAGAAACUUGUCCUCAACAUUUCCGUAGGAGAGAGCGGCGACAGAUUGACUCGUGCGUCCAAGGUGUUGGAGCAACUGAGCGGACAAUCUCCUGUCUUCUCAAAGGCAAGAUACACUGUGCGUUCCUUUGGAAUCAGGCGUAAUGAGAAAAUCGCAUGCUACGUCACUGUUCGUGGUGAGAAAGCCAUGCAGCUUCUCGAAAGUGGCUUGAAGGUGAAGGAAUACGAGUUGCUGCGCCGCAACUUCAGUGAAUCUGGUUGCUUUGGAUUUGGUAUCCAGGAGCACAUCGAUCUCGGAAUCAAGUACGAUCCAUCUACAGGUAUCUACGGUAUGGACUUUUACGUUGUCCUUGAACGCCCAGGAUACAGAGUGGGGCGAAGAAGGAGAGCCAAGUCCCGUGUUGGUAUUCAACACCGUGUGACCAAGGAGGAUGCCAUGAAGUGGUUCCAGGUUAAGUACGAGGGAGUUAUCCUGAACAAGUCCCAACAAAUUGCCUAGUUCUUCGUAUCUGUUGCAUGUCUCAAGUCCUAGUCCUUCAUCCUUUCCAAGGAUGUUCAUAGGCUGACGCUUUCUUUUUCAUGCAGCUGAUUAAGCUAAGUUAAAUAUGAUCCUACUGUCUCAUGAUUCAACCUUUA